GCUUUAGGAAGUGGUUACACUUGGCCAAUUCCUGGAGUGACAGUAGAGUCGAGUCAGGAGCCAAAGAGCAAAUUAGAGCUCAUGGUGGAGCGAUUCGCCGGGGGUACCGAUGAAGGGUGCUCUAGCAAGGACCUCCCAAUCGCCAACCCUAUCGACUCAACCUUUCUUCAGGAGGCGGAGGAGCUUCGUCGAUGCACGGAGAGGCUAGGAGGGCUUGUAGAGCAAGCAUGUGCACAACUUGCUCACAAUCGCCUCCCUCCAUUGGAAGAGAGAGAGGAAGUCGAAGAGGCGUGCCAUGAUGAUUUUGGAAGAACAAGUUCCGACAUGGAUUUCCAACCACUCCCUCCUCCGGGUUUGACACUAGAAGAGAAAGUGGCACGAGGUUGUGAAAGCUAUCGCCUCUCAUUAUUGGAGGUUGAAGGGGAGUUCAAUGACAACCGUGUGGAGCAUGAAAAACUCACCCCGGAUAACUCCCAUGGUGAGGAUGAACAAGAAGGUUGCAUUGAUGACUCCCAUCACUUUCCCCUUCCCGAAAGCAACUUUGAAGACCAAGACACGAGUGAGGAGGGGAAAGAGAAUCCUUUCUAUGAUCUUGCAUGGCACCUUGCACUCCAAACCGUGCUUGAAGACAUGAAAGAGAAGGAGAAAGAAGAGGUUGAAGAGGGGGAAGAUCUCGAGUGUUCCCAAGGGGAUGAAAUUGAAGAAGAAGGAAGGGAGGUUGAAUUUGAAGUAAAAGUAGCAAGUGACGCCCAAGAUGAGGACGAGGUCGGGGUGGAUGAAGCAUCCACAAGUUACGAGGGCUAUGAAAGCUUUCCACCCGACCUCGACGCGCUUUUGGAGAAGGACCCAUUUGCGGCUCUUUGCCAAGCCAAGGCCAAACCAUCGACGAUCCCUCUUGGUGGAUGAGAUGGAAACCAAUCGAUUUUUCACGACAUGGUAUGGGGAAAAGAGAAAAAAAUAAGAAGGAAAGA